UCAGCUACAGGAAGUGCGUGGACGAGCUGCUGAAAGCUGCUCCCAGUAACCUGCACGCAGUGAUGAAGGCUCAGCUGGUCUGUGAGCAGCAGCUCAGAGAUUACGUGACGGGUCUGAGCGGGGGGGUGUCUGAGGAGCAGCGCCGGCGCUGCCUGGAGGACCUGGCUGCUAUCAGGGCCGCUGGCUACCGCUGCUUCAUCUGGCCUCUCCAUCAACCCAUUAAGGUCCAUCUAAGCAAACUGUGGACGUCUUCCUGGAUGGACGGUUCCUCAUCUGUCAUCGACCUGCUGCUGAACUUCCUGAUCCAGCAGCUGGACCAGCUGUCGGACCUAAAGCCAGCCUGCAAACAGGUUCUGCUAGAGGACCUCCAUCUGGACGUGGUGGUCCAGUACGUGGCGAAGACCAUGAAAGCCAGGAUGAAGAGCAGGCAGCAGCAGGUGGGCGGGUCUCAGCGCGUGGUGGAGGACGCCCAAAAGAUGGAGAGCUUCUUUAAAGAGCAGGGCUGCGGUGAAACGCUGAGGCUCUCUGAGAUGCUCUGCAGUCUGGCUGAGAUCCUCCGUCUGCAGGAUCCUGCUAGUCUCCAUCUGGAGGUCGUCAAUCUGGCCCAAAAGUUCCCAGACUUCAGUGACGCUCACGUCUCGGCGCUGCUGUCCCUGAAGUUUGGCCUGUCAGCUUUGGACAUUCGAUCCAUCAGAGCCAGCGUGGAGGAGAACCGCCCCCCUCAGGCCUCAGCCAAUCAGAGCCCUGCGUUCUUCUCCCGGGUCAAAGUCAAAUGGAUCAAUAAUAAGAUCAACCAAAUGCGGGUCAAGAGUAAAAGUCCUGUAGCUGCUACUUAGCUUAGCAUGUUAGCAGAGGUAGCUAUAGCUUUUAGUUACCGUAGCAUGUUGGCAGAACUAAAUGUUGCUUCUACUUAGCGUCGCAUGUUAGCAGAGCUAGCUGUUGCUUCUACUUAGCGUCGCAUGUUAGCAGAGGUAGCUGUAACUUCUUGAUGUUAAUCUGCGUUCCUGGACCCAAAGUUCCACAGAACCUCUGGGAACUGUUCUGUAGAUCAGAACUGUCUUCUGGAUCGA